UGCCCAGCAGACCAGACACUUUCUGCGGGCUUUCCGGGACCGAGGCUCGGGGGACGCACUUCUGCUUUCCAUCGCCGGCUCAAUCGGAGGCUUCUGGACGGGACGUGCUGCACCUGGUGAACCUCCGCCCCCCGGGCGCCUUCUCCUCUUUCGCCUGCUGGUCCUGAGCGUGUCCUCCCAGGGCCAGGAUGUCCCAGGAGGGGGUGACCUACGCCGACCUGCGGUUCGUGAGGAGCCCUCCGGAGAAGAGCAGCCCCCCGAGAGAGCCCGGGGGCGGCGGCGGCGGCGAGGGCGACGGGGAGCUGACCUACGAGAACGUCGAGGGCCCCCAACUCCGCCGAGGAGAGAAGCGGUUGGAGGAGGAGGAGGCGGCGGCGAGGAGGAGCAGCAGCUCCGGGCGGGCGCCGAGGUUGGGCCCUUGGACCUGGCCCCUGGCCCUGACCCUGAUGGGUGCCUGCCUCUUCCUCCUGGCUAGCACCAUAGGAGUUGGGAUCCGAUACUGGCAGGUUUCACAGCAGCUCCAGCAGGCCUCCCACGACCGAGCGGCAGAGAGGGAGAUCCUGGCACAGAAGAUCCGCGCCAAGGAGCACCAGCUGGAGGAGGCCACGGGGGAACUCAGCUCCCACAGGCUGACCCUUCAGGGCUGUGAGGCGUCUGGAAACAGGAUGCAGGCGCGGCUGCAGGAGCUGGAGCAGGCGCUGAGCGGAGCCAACGACAGCCUGGCUCUCCUGCGGGAGGAGAAGAGCCGAUCGGAAGAGGAGUUGCUCCAGGCCAGAUCCUGCCAGCAGGCGGGCUGUUGUCCCGUUGGAUGGAAGCUCUUCCGGUGGAAGUGCCUGUGGAUUUCGUGGGACUGGAAGAGCUGGGAAGACAGCAAGAAAGACUGUGAAAGGAAGGAAUCUCAGCUGCUGAUUCUGAAAAAACCCUGGGAUGCUGGAGAAAUGUGGGAUGCGGUGGUAAGAAAAAGUGGCAAGCGCUCUCUGCAAUCUGAUGGAGCCUGGAUUGGGCUUCGGAAAACAUCCCGGCAGCCUUUGUUUUGGGUUGAUGGCUCUCCCUAUGAAGGGACUAAACAACUACCCAGUUAUUAUAACGGCUAUUGUGUAAAAAUUAGAGACCGGGAUCUGAGUUUUGGUGGCUGUUCUGCAACCCUUCAAUAUAUCUGUGAGAAGGCAGCCAGCCCUGGACUCCCAGCGCAGGUGCCUAGUCCAUAAACACCAAGGCCUGAGGUGUCUGGCUUCAGUGGCUCGGAGGGCUGAUUCUGCACAACACCACCUUGGACCCUCCCUUGCCAUCUGCCUCUUUCCUUGCCCACAACCAGGUCUGGAGGCCAUGAGCCGGAGGUGGUGGUGGAGGGGGGGCACCUGUCCUUCCUUUUCCUACGACACCAUUUGCAUCCCCUCCCCGAGACGCCCUGCGCCCACCUCCAUGGAGCACCUCCUGGCCCCUGCAAACAGCAAGAGGGCUCCCCGCAGAGCUGAAGCUGGGACCCUGUUGAGCAAGGACGGCCAUGGGGCAGGGUGUCCAGAAGCAGCUCAUUUUGCACCAGAGAAACCUCAGCGCUUGGCGUUUCAGCGUGAGCUUCGCCAACUCUGUGUUGCUGCUUGGGGAAGGAUCCCUGCCCUCCCCCCCCCGCCACGGCCCCUCUGGACUGUUCCAAUAACGACUGCAGGAUGCCUUCAGGGGAGCGAGAGACCAAGUCCUGCGAUGGGAAGACAUUCAUCUGCAGGGCCUCCUGUGCUGAGAUUUCGAUCCAAAUAUGUAUUAAAUAUAAAUGUUGUAUACGUAGUUGGAAGUAAAACGGCUGAUUGAACCCGA